AAAAUUACAUUUUAUUAUAUAGACGUUAUAAGUAUCCAUAAGUAUGGGCUGGUAUGGGUCAAGCCGACCCCCUAGCGGCGCGUUGCAGUGUGAAGGGGUGCCGUGAACAGCCGCUUUUUAUUUGGCUCGCCCGAUGUGGUUGCUAGCUUUUAGGCUUUUCAACGGUAGCAGGCGACUAUCACAUUUUUCGUAAGUUUUCUGUCAUAUGUUGGAUUACACGGUUUCGAACAACAUACAAGAAAUGCCAAAGUUAAGAGUGUGUUGUAUUUGUGGUAUUUCUUCAGAUUAUGAUAGGAAGGAUAGAAAUUCCCGUAGUUUUUUUAAUUUUCCAAACCCGAAUAUCAAAAAGUUAGUGCCAUUUGAUAAGGAUCUGUUGGAAAGGAGGCUUGUUGCAUGGAAAGAAGUUGUUGGAACUAAUUAUGAUAAUGUCCCUAUUGGACUGACUUGUGUUUGUUCUGACCACUUCCAAUCAGGUAAACCAGCUUACUUUUCCAAUGCAAACGAUAUUGAUUGGAUACCAUCAAAGAAUUUGGAUCUGUUGGUCACUAACAAAACAAGAAACACUCAAUAUGCUAACGUACAUUCACACUAUUACAAUGCUUGACAGAGAUUGUGAUUGGUUGAAUUUCUGUGUUUUACUGUCGUCUGCUAGAGAAAUUGUUGUGUGUUGACUAGGAUACUGUUUAGGCUUUACGUCAAACGUGCUCUAUUUCGAUAUGUCUAGGAAGUGUUGCAUUUGUUUCACAAGGUGGAACAAAAAUAAUAAGCGCAGUUUUUAUAGAUUUCCUGGUUUCACCGAAUUUCAUAAUAAGGCUAUCAGUGACAAACAUCUCAUUGAAAGAAGGAGAAAUCUUUGGUUGCAACUGACAAAAGGAAAUUUAGGUAGAUGUAAUGGGCAGUAUUUUGUGUGUUCUGACCAUUUUGUAUCAGGGAAACCAGCAUAUUUGUAUUUAACUGAAGAUGUGGAUUGGGUUCCAACUCAAAAUUUGGGGUCCCUUGAACAAGAUAACCAUUUUGUUUCAACCCAUACAGAUGAGGAGGGACAGGAGAUAAGUUGCGAUCUUAGCAUGACUUCCACAGAAAACGAUCCACUUGAUGUUCAAACCGCAGUACAUCCGCCUGAUCCGAAUACAACAGACGGAGUGACUGGCUGCUUUGUUGAUGGUAAUAAGAGACCUAUGGUGACUAUUGUCAGUCCUGAAUUAUUACGUGAUACUACCUUUUCCGAAAAUCCAAGUACUGCGGUUCAAUGUGCAAUAGAUGAGGACAACCGUAUUAUAGUCAAAACAGAAAUAAUGGAUAUGGAAGAUGAAGUUCCGUUGAAUACUGGUCCCAAUCUUACUUAUUCUUUAAUCUCGACGUCAAUGGCCGAUAACGGGACGCAGGUUGACUUUGAUGAACCCCCAAGCCCAAUCCAGUUGGACAAAUCUACUCAGACAGAAAUGUCCUCCUUCCCCAAACCUCGCGGAACAGAAUAAUUGAAAUAAACAUCUCGUGUUUCUAGAAAGGCUGUGAUACCAUUUGCCAUUUGCUGUGUUUGCGUAUCGUAUGAUGAGAAAAUAAAUGAGAAUUUUUUUUUUAA